UCAUUCAGUCGGACGUCUGUAAACAAAAACUUCAGUUGAGAGCGACAACUCAGUCCGCGCGCUGGUUAAUAUUAACGAAUUAUGAACAAACUGCGAUUAUAAUUAAAUUAGCUUGACACGGCAACUUAUAUGUUACUUCUGUUGGUAGGCUUUAACUGGACACUGACGCAAAAUGUUGAGUUUCUUUGGACUUCGAAAGGACUCCAAAAAGUCUCCACAGUCAGAGAGAGAGACUGAUGGGUUUGUCAUUGUUGGAAAUACAGGCUAGAUAUGGUGGCACAGCUCCAAGAACUUGGGAGUGUACACACAAGGAAGGAGAGACGGCGGAGGAACAAAGGGAAAGACGCCAAUCCAGGAGCACAACAACACAAUUAGCCACCAAUGUCAUUGUACAGCCAUCUAAGCUCUACAAUCCAGCGCCGCUCCAGACUAUGCAAGCCGUCGCAUCUCCUCCGAUGUCCCCUACCUCGGUACCCUCUGCAGAACCGGAGGUCACAGACGCCGUCCAAGGUCACGCGGAGCUUCUCGGAGACAUCCCCUUCACCUUAGCGCCUCACGUCCUCGCCAUGCAGGCCGGCAUGUCCCGGCUUCCCGACAUCAACCUGCCCCGAGACAUCAAUGAGAACCUGGCCAGCUUCUGCUACGACUUCUCUCUGGAGAACUCGGUGCUGUGCGACAUGUGACCUAGAAAAAACCCUCAGAUUUUUAAAGAGUCAGGGUUUACAUGUCAGGAACACGAGACGGCCAAGCGGUUACUGGUAUUACAGAGGUUUCUCAGGACAGAGCGGUAUUUUAGUGAAUUAAACGAAGUGAGAUCACAAUCAAUACUUGCCUGUUUUUCUGUCAUUUAAAGCAACACCGUCACUGUUUUUUCAUACACAUCAUACUGUAGCAUGCGUUCGAUCCGCUCUCUUGUCUUCACCUCUUUUUCAUUUUUCGUCUCACAGACGUUUGCAUGUUUUCAUCUUAUUUAAUGCUCUUUUUCACAGAUAUCUUAAUCCUGUGAAAUUUAUUGUAACAGUUGAAGAUGUACAGUAUAUGGCAAAUCCAUAUUAAGGCAUGACAUCAUGUUUAAUGUUAAAUUCUGAAUUUAAAAUGCCAUGACAUCAUGUGGUGUGACUCUAAAUUGUAGAGACCCACUGGAGCAGGUUGUGUUAGAAUUUUUACAAAAGGCUUGUUUUUUUUUAUUAUUAUUGAUCACCUUUUUUGAG